UUAGCUCUCGCAGAGUGCUCGAAGAGUGCUUUCAGCUACAGUAGAACUUCAAUUCACAACGAUGACACACCACCUAGUCGGAAUUACACUGGUUCUGCUAGCAUUAGGCCAAUGCGCUCAGGCUGGUGACAACAUAUUCCAGCGUACUUUCAAGCAACUGCACGGAGAGCCUCCUUUGCCUGCGAACCAGAACAGGGCUGAUGAGGUACAAACCUUGUGGAUCGAGCAGAAGUUGGAUCAUUUCGAUGAGUCCGAAACACGAACAUGGCAAAUGCGGUAUAUGUUGAACGAUGGGUUCUUUAAAGCCGGUGGUCCCAUGUUCAUUUUCUUAGGCGGGGAAUGGGCCAUAUCCCCGGGCUAUGUUACAAGUGGUCACAUGUACGACAUGGCCAAGGAACAUAAUGGACUGCUCGUCUACACUGAACAUCGUUACUAUGGCGAAAGCCAUCCCUUGCCCGAUUUGUCCAAUGAAAAUAUACAAUAUUUGCAUGUAACACAAGCAUUGGCCGAUCUGGCACACUUUAUAACCACACAAAAGACAACUUAUGAGGGGUUGAGCGAUUCCAAAGUCAUUAUUGUAGGCGGUUCCUACUCGGCUACGAUGGUUACUUGGUUUAAGAAGAUCUAUCCGGAUUUAGUGGUAGGUGGCUGGGCUUCCAGUGCACCACUUUUGGCUAAACUGAACUUUUUGGAAUACAAGGAGAUAAUGGGACAAUCCAUAACCUUAAUGGGCGGAGCUGACUGUAAUAAGCGUAUUGAGAACGGCAUUGCUGAAAUGGAAACUAUGUUUGCCACUAAACGAGGAGCGGAGGUCAAGGCUCUGCUGAAGCUCUGUGAACAUUUUGAUGUAUACAGCGAUCUGGAUGUAUGGACAUUGUUCAACGAGAUUUCCGAAAUAUUUGCUGGCGUUGUGCAGGGACACUAUGCUGGACGGAUUGAGGGUGUUUGCCAAAAAAUCAUGGCAGAAAGCUCUGAUCUCAUUGGAGUGAGCAAGUAUAUACUCGAUGAAUUUGAAAAGAGCGGUGGCAAAUGCAACGAUCUCAGCUACGAUGCCAUCACCACCGUUCUUUUGGAAUCAAGAUACAGUGGUAACAUAAUGCGCCAAUGGAUAUACCAGACAUGUAAUGAAUAUGGAUGGUACCAAACUUCAAGUUCCUCGGCACAACCCUUUGGCACUAAGUUCCCCUUAGCAUUAUUCACGACAAUGUGCGCUGAUGCUUAUGGCUCUCAGUAUACCAACUCAUUUAUCGAGAAACAGGUGGGAAACACAAAUGCAGACUUUGGAGGCAUGUCGCCGAAUGUGCAAAAUGUGUACCUAACUCAUGGCCAGUUGGAUCCCUGGCGUGCGAUGGGCAUUCAGAACGAGGCACAGGCAACCAUUAUACCAGAACAUGCACACUGCACGGACUUUGGUUCAAUCAGCGACAGAGACACCGCCGAAAUGCGUGCCUCGAAAGAGCGUAUUGCUGAACUGGUUCGCGAAUGGCUGAAUUAAAAUUAUGGUUCCAUUUUGGUUUAUUUCUGCGGUAUCAGAAUCUAAAAGUUAAGUGGUUGUGUUUUAUUGCUGUAAUAAACAAGUAUGCGGAAUACCAUAUAAAA